CCGUUCGUUUCCCCAAUCCACCCCCUUCAUUCAUGGCUUCUGUCGAUCCACAUCGUAACCCUAACCCUAAUUCUAGAAAUCCCAUCUGGUGAGCGCGAAGAGCGGCGCCAGCUCGAGCUAUUGCGGAGCGUCCCAUGGAGGAGGAGAGGUUCCCGUCUUCGCGGGAUAACCCUAGGGUUGCCGCCGACCGCCCCCCACGUCCGGCUGCGGCGGCGCCAUCGAUCAUGGUGCGGUUCCACGCCAUGCUCCGGGAGCGGGAGGAGGAGUUGAAGGAGGCCACGGGAGAGGACCCGCCUCCGCCCUUGACCGCGGAUGAUGUCGUCCGGUGUUACGAAGACGUCCUCGCGGAGCUCACCUUCAACUCGAAGCCCAUCAUCUCGGAACUCACUAUGAUCGCCGGGCAUCAAGUUCGGUACGCCAAGGAGAUCGCAGAUGCCAUUUGCGCUCGGGUUCUUGAGGUACCUGUGGAUCAAAAACUGCCUUCUUUGUAUCUUAUUGAUAGUAUUGUGAAGAAUAUAGGUCACGAAUAUGUGAAAAUUCUUGCUACUCGGCUUCCUAAGGUGUUUUGUGAGGCAUACAAUCAAGUCCAUCCAUCCCAAUAUUCUCCCAUGCGUCACCUCUUCAAGACCUGGUCACAAGUCUUUCCCCUUUCAGUCCUACAAAAAAUUGAGGAUGAGCUCCAAUUUUCUCCAUCAGAGAAUGAGAGGCCAUCAGGGAUUGCAAGCACCAGACCAUCAAAGUCGACAUCGCCUUGUCCAUCUCAUGGUAUUCAUGUAAAUCCAAAGUAUUUGGAAGCACGUCGACAAUUUGAACAAUCUUCUGUGAUUCAUGCAGUGGACACUCAUAAAAAUGCACAGGAGUCUGAUUAUGACUUGGAAAGGUUGGAGGGACUUUCUUCAGAGAAACCUGAGGGAUGGUCUGGAGCUACACGAAAACUUCAUAGUAUGCCACAUGCAAGAGUUUCUUCUGGUGGUUUACAAGCUUAUGGGCAGAAACCCUCCGCACAGUACAGUGAAUAUGAUCUCGAUCAACCUGAAUUACUUCCCCAGCGCCUUGCUGUAGCAAGGGAAGGCUCACCACAAACAGCAAUGUUGCGUCCUUCCUCAAUGAUUGAUGCCAGAGGAUCAGUUCCUUAUUUGAAGAACAAAAUAUCAGUGCCAUUAUCUCCUCGAAGAAUUGGUUUGAAAAGGCCUGUAUCACCACCUAUUGUGAGAUCCCAUAAUGGAACUUCUCCAAGGAAGAUUGGUGGAAGGGCUUCAACAUCUCAUUUUGGAUCUGGGUUUGAACCUGGCAGACUUAGUGAUCCUAAUGGUUGGUUGGGUAGGAGCUGGCCAUCCAAUGAAGACCCUCAGCAUGUGGAAGCAUCCACACUAUACAAGCUUAAUAAUGGAUCUGGCAAACAGCACCCAAGAGACUUGAUUGAUGCUUAUGGAAAUCCUAGAGGUAGGGUUUCUUCUUAUGAAAAGUUUUCGAAGGUCCAGCGUCUUGAUGUGAAUGGCAUAGCCAGUGAGGCAGCUGCCAGAAAAUGGAAGAACUCUGACGAAGAAGAGUAUGAUUGGGAGGAUAUGAGUCCAACUUUAUCUGAUCGAAGUAGAAGGAAUAGCCUGCCACGAGUUGGGCCUAGUGCUGGAAGCUUAGGCAUCCGAACUGGCUUUUCUAGACCUGAUCCUGCAGUACUGGAAUCAGAUUUUGGAAGGCGUAGUUGGCCUGGUCAAGCACAGCUUCAUGCAGCUGAUAAUCCCUCAUUUAUGGUUGAAGAUAGAAUUGCUGCCCGUGGAUCUCGUUCUGCAUCUAUGAUGAAGUAUCUGGAUGGUACAACAAGUCAGAGUGACAUUGGAAAGUUAAGUUACCUGUUUCCACAGCCUACACACAAAAGUCUAAGCCCAAGGUCACGGAGCAGGGUUACUCAAAUGCCUGUUGCAGCUAAGGAAAUGACAUCAGCAGCUGUUCAGAGGCUACCUAUUCCACAUGAUUAUUCACCUGAUAUAGAUUUGCCGCACCACAGGUUAUCAAAUGCUCAUGCUGAUCCCUUGAAAAUGGACAUGUCAACACAAAGACCACAUUCAUCUGCUCCAGUUAUCUUGCCUUCUAUUCAUAAAUCUCAGCCACGGCCUUUACUUUCGAUACCUCAAACUCAAAAACCAAUCAGUAGUUCACCUGAUGUUUCACUAGCUACUAAGUCAAUAGCGAUCCAAGGAUCCCACCCAACUCGAUUCGUCCCUGAGCAGCAAUAUGACAUUGCUGAUAGGAAGAACAAAGAUUCAGUUAAGUUGCUCCAUCUACCUUAUAAACCUUCUGGAUUACCUCAUCUGAAUCAGCAAACUCAGAAACAAGGGAUUUCUGAACCAAUUCCAUCUCAGGGGUCUUAUGGAAGUAUUCUUCCACCUGCAGAAGUCAUGGUUCCAUCUUACUCGGUUGGACAGCCUCUAAAUUUCCCACCAACACUAUUACAUGGGGCUACGACUUCUGCUUUGCAAUCUUCUUCAUUUGUUACACCUUCUAUCGCAGUGCAAAAUACAACUGAUGCACUUUUACAUGCACCUGCUGGCCUUUUGCCACCUCUACCUCCUGGACCACCACCAUCUUUAUCACAAAUAGGACUUACAUCUCAAAGUAUGAGUUCUGCAGUAUCUGGCUCAUCUACAAGUGCAUUUUCAGGCCUUAUCAGUAGUCUCAUGGCACAGGGGUUGAUAUCACUGAAGUCACCUCCACAACCUCAGGAUUCUUUGGGGGUUGAGUUUAAUCUGGACCUUCUUAAGGUGAGGCAUGAGUCUGCAAUUAAUGCUUUAUAUGCUGAUCUUCCAAGACAAUGCACAACUUGUGGCCUGCGUUUCAAGUGCCAAGAAGAGCACAGUAGUCAUAUGGAUUGGCAUGUAACCAAAAACCGGAUAUCAAGAAACCGUAAACAAAAGCCCUCUCGCAAAUGGUUUGUGAGUGCAAAGGAAUGGCUUAGUGGUGCAGAAAUACUCGGAAACGAUGUUGUUCCUGGUUUUUUGCCUACUGAAUCAGUUGCAGAGAAAAAAGAAGACAAAGAGGUAGCAGUUCCUGCAGAUGAAAAUCAGAAUGUUUGUGCAUUAUGCGGGGAGCCAUUUGAGGACUUCUACAGUGAUGAGACAGAGGAAUGGAUGUAUAGGGGGGCAGUGUAUCUGAAUGCUCCAGAUGGAAAUCUUGAAGGAUUGGAUAGGUCUCAGCUGGGUCCAAUUGUCCACUCUAAGUGCAGGUCUGAGACUAAUGAAUGUUCUGCACCAACAUAAAGGACUGUUUUCGGGAUUAAAAUAUCUGCCAUACAUGAUAAAUCUUGGGAAACUAACCCCAAAUGAUCGGGUCACAAGAUUGCGGUGCUAUUAACUUGUAAAUUACUUGGAGGAUCCAGGGUCACAUGGUAUGCAAUGCUUCAUCUUUUUCUCCCUUAUGGUCGAGCCUGCCUACCAUGGCAUUGUUCAAUACUGUACAUGUAAAGUUAAACAUCCUUAGCAAAGUCUAUAAUGGUGCAUCCAUCCCUUCUGUUUCCUUCAGCUCUUGCAGUGAGUACAAUGCAAAGAUUUGUCUGAUGUUAAAAUUUAACUCUUCAGUAGUGUGGUUAGCGAAACAUCUUACAUUUUCAAUUAUCCAA